UUUAGAAAAAAGUGUUCCAAUAUUGCAUCAUUUGACAAAAUAAAAGAAUAAAAUGGCAUUUUUGAGUGCUGAGAAAUUAGCUAUCAUUUUUGGCCUAUUGGGAAAUAUAAUAUCUUUUCUAGUAUUCUUGGCGCCACUGCCAACAUUUUACAGAAUUUGUAGGAAGAAAUCGUCGGAAGGGUUUCAAUCAAUACCAUAUUCAAUUUCAUUUUUCAGUGCCUCAUUGUUGCUUUACUAUGCUUACCUUAAAACCAAUGCCUAUAUGAUCGUUAGCAUUAAUGGUAUUGGUUGCGUCAUUGAAGCACUAUACAUCUUCCUCUACAUACUAUACGCUCCAAACAAGAUUAAGAUUUUCACAAUGAGAUGGAUUCUACUAUUCAAUGGAGGAGGUUUAGGGGUGAUCAUGCUAGUUUCUCUACUAGCUGUAAAUGGCUCAAAGAGGGUUGCUUUAGUAGGAUGGGUUUGUGCCAUCAUCAAUAUAGCUGUGUUUGCCGCUCCUCUAAGCGUCAUGAGACAAGUCAUUAGAACGAGAAGUGUAGAGUUCAUGCCAUUUGCACUAUCAUUUUUCCUUUCCCUUUGUGCUGCAAGUUGGUUUUGCCAUGGAUUCUUCAUCAGGGACUACUACAUUGCAUUGCCAAAUAUUUUGGGACUUCUAUUAGGAGUUACCCAAAUGAUUUUGUACUUCAUCUACAAGGACAAAAAGAAACUUGUGCAAACAAAUUUUGAGCUCAAGGAGAGUGUCUCAAACUCCGGAAAAGAUAUUGAAAUGAAUAUGAAUUUUGUUGGAAAUGAAAAAAUAGGCGUGGAUACAAAUUGUGACCUUGAGGUGGUCACCAAGAAUAUUCCAACAACAAAUGGGAAAUGAGGAGAUUUUAUGGUGGAUUUAGAUGCAAUAAGAGAUAUACUCGUUUUGGUAUA